AUGGAAGCUUCAUCAAAAUCCACAAAAAAGGCAAGUCGAAAUGAUCGAAUGGGUGCUGCUGAUUCGGAUUCUGAGAAAAAGGAAAGUUACAGAAAAUACAUGGAAAGGAGAAAGUUUAAGAGGUCGGAUAGCCAGGAAAGGGCUUUGGACAAUGAAGCUGCAUAUGACUCUAAGGUAGAUGAGAGGAAAGAGGUGAAGAGAAGAAGGAAGGAGGAUAAGAAAUUACGGAAAGAGGAGAGACGCCGAAAGCGUGAACAGCGGCACCGUAGGAGGGAAGAGCGGCGUGUAAAGAAACUGAAAGCGAAGUCCAUUGAUACUGUAAUCUCGCCUUCAGAUUUUAAAAAUAAUCAGAAUGAUGCUUGUGAUUCAGAUGGCGAUGUUGCUGAGAAGAAGGAUUUUUCCUGA